GACAGAACACGGUGCAGUCUUGUCACCGAGAAAGGAGUUUUGAUUUGCCUCGUCUGCCACGAACUCGGGACCGUCGGUAGUAAUUUAAAAUCUGCCCAUAUAUCGUAGAGAGUUGCGUAGUUUCUGCCGCGAUAGCGUAAAGUAUUCACAUUCUUCCUCCGAAUCAAUCGUUUGCCGAAAUGUCCGCAAGUGCAAGGUUGUUCUCCAAGAUAAGUGGUUUCACUGGUGGUGUUCGGUUCGUCAGCUAUGAAUCAACACGCAAAAAUCUGGCACUAAACAGCAACUCGAAAGUCAUCUGCCAAGGAUUUACCGGCAAGCAGGGAACGUUCCACUCGCAGCAAGCCCUGGAAUAUGGCACCAAGCUGGUCGGUGGUGUCUCGCCCGGUAAGGGUGGCCGUCAGCAUUUAAAUUUACCGGUUUUCAACUCGGUAAAGGAAGCGAAAGCUGCCACCGGUGCGGAUGCGACCGUCAUCUACGUGCCACCGCCGGGUGCGGCAAAGGCCAUUCUCGAAGCAAUCGAAGCGGAGAUGCCACUCAUAGUGUGCAUUACCGAGGGCGUACCGCAGCACGACAUGGUGAAGGUUAAGCAUGCGUUGCUGGCUCAAAACAAAUCUCGUCUUGUCGGACCCAACUGUCCCGGUAUCAUCGCUCCAGAGCAAUGCAAAAUUGGCAUCAUGCCGGGCCACAUUCAUAAGCGUGGAAAGAUCGGCGUAGUUUCCCGUUCGGGCACGUUGACCUACGAGGCGGUACAUCAGACUACCGAGGUUGGCCUAGGUCAAACGCUGUGCGUCGGCAUCGGUGGCGAUCCGUUCAACGGGACCGAUUUUAUCGACUGUUUAGACGUUUUCCUGAAGGACCCCGAAACCAAAGGCAUCAUUCUGAUCGGUGAAAUCGGCGGAGUUGCCGAGGAGAAGGCGGCCGAUUAUUUGCUGCAGUAUAACCAGGGUAUCAAAGCCAAACCGGUCGUCUCGUUCAUAGCCGGUUUAUCCGCUCCACCAGGCCGUCGCAUGGGCCACGCAGGUGCUAUUAUCUCCGGUGGAAAAGGUGGUGCCCAGGAUAAAAUAAAUGCAUUGGAAAAGGCAGGUGUUAUCGUAACUAGAAGCCCGGCCCAGAUGGGCAAAGAGCUGUUGAAGGAAAUGAAGAGAUUAGAGCUUGUUUAAACGCAAAAUAGGAUAUACUACUGUUGGAAACAGCGAUUAGAAACUACUAAGGUAACAUCCCCGAUUUUUUUUCAUCCGGUGCGCCAUUUUUCUCCGUUGCUGAUGUAAUGCGAUGUGUCACGUUAUUGAUCAUGAAGCAUAAAUACAUGUGCA